AUCAUACACAUCUCCGAAUAACAUCCAAACUGCUGUCCCACAGAGCCAAUUGAAAUCAACAAUUUCCCUCUCCAGUUCAGCCAUGUACAUUCAUUCUUAACUUAAAAGCUUACUUACAACCACCCUCCUAAGUCCCUCCCCACCUUUUCUUGUACGCCAAACUAGUGAAUCCAGCACACGUCCUUGAACUACAAUCAGAGGCUAACCUAGCUAGUUAGAAGGUGGAAGGAUCGACUACCAAUUCAUUCACAAUGACGCAUACAUCUCCUUGCUUGGGCAAGGUGUUCAGGUUGGGGAGGCCGGGUUAUGGAACAGUAUGGGCUACAUUACAUAUCAUUAUAAUGGCCGCAAUGGCCAUGAUGAUGUCCGUGAGUGCCACCCCACCGGAAGAUCCCAUCAGAUGCACCUCAAGCGGAUGCACCAUAACAAACUCCUACGGAACCUUCUCGGACCGAAGCACGUGCAAAGCAGGGGCUGCGGCAUUUCCAACAUCGGAAGAAGAGCUCGUGUGGGUAGUGGGAAACGCGACAAAGUCCAGGAGGAAGAUGAAAGCAGCGACACGCUUCUCUCACAGCAUCCCGAAACUGGUGUGUCCGGACGGGGAGGAGGGGCUGCUGGUGAGCACCAAGUACAUGACGAGGAUAGUGAGGGUGGACCAACAAGGGAUGAGGAUGAGCGUGGAGGGAGGGGUGACGCUGAGGCAGUUGAUCGAGGAGGCGGCCAAGGCGGGGUUGGCGCUGCCAUACGCGCCAUACUGGUGGGGUCUGACAGUCGGAGGGAUGCUGGGGACGGGAGCGCAUGGCAGCUCCUUGUGGGGGAAAGGGAGCGCGUUGCACGACUACGUGGAGGCGAUGCGAAUAGUGAGCCCAGGAGGGCCUGCAGAUGGUUACGCCAAGAUCAGGACGCUGGAUGUGAAUACGAAGAGCACUCGUGCAGAGAUGAACGCAGUCAAAGUGUCGCUUGGGGUUCUAGGAGUCAUCUCUCAGGUAACAUUAAAGUUGCAACCACUAUUCAAACGAUCCUUAACGUACUCGAUCAAGGGUGAUUCGGACUUGGGAGAACAAGCAGCUAUCUUUGGUAACCAACAUGAGUUUGCGGAUAUUAUGUGGUAUCCAAGCCAACAGAAGGCAGUCUAUCGCAUCGACAACCGAGUCAAUCUCAAUGCAUCCGGCAAUGGGCUCUAUGAUUUCACCCCGUUCCGCUCCACACCUUCUCUCAUUUUGGCACUACUCAGAUCUACCGAGGAAUUGCAAGAGUCCCUGAACGAAGCCGACGGGAAAUGCAACAGUGCAAAGCUAAUUUCUUCUACCCUCGAGACCAGUGCUUAUGGGUUGACAAACAACGGUGUCAUCUUCACUGGAUAUCCAGUGAUUGGGUAUCACAAUAGGAUGCAAUCAUCAGGCACCUGCCUAAACAGUCCCCAAGAUGGUCUGAUUACUGCUUGUCCAUGGGAUCCACGGGUCAAGGGGGAGUUCUUUUACCAAACCACAUUUAGCGUUGGGCUCUCUAUGGUAAAGAGCUUCAUCGAAGACAUUCAACGACUCAUUGCACUAGAGCCUAAGGCACUGUGCGGAGUGGAGCUCUACAAUGGCAUCCUCAUGCGAUAUGUUACGGCCUCUAGUGCUUACCUGGGCAAGCAGGAGGACGCCAUGGACUUCGACAUCACUUACUACAAGAGCAAGGAUCCGCUGAGCCCGAGGCUAUACGAAGACGUGCUCGACGAAAUAGAACAGAUGGCGCUUUUCAAGUACAGCGCGCUGCCUCAUUGGGGGAAGAACAGGAACUUGGCGUUCGAUGGAGUGAUCAAAAGAUACAAAAAAGCCCAAGAAUUCUUGAAUGUGAAGGAGAUGUAUGAUCCGCUGGGGCUGUUUUCUAGCGAAUGGACAGACCAAGUUCUCGGGCUCAAGGAGGGUGCGAGCAUAGUUAGGGACGGAUGUGCACUUGACGGACUGUGCAUUUGUUCACAAGAUGCACACUGUGCACCCAACAAGGGCUACUAUUGCAGACAAGGAAAAGUCUAUAAAGAGGCCCGAGUUUGUACUCGAAUCAGUUCCAAAACACAAUAAAGACCUGAUUUCAUCAUUCUUAGGUUUCAAAGUUAAACCAAGCUCCUCAACUUCAUCCGUUUGCGCUAAUUGCGCAUUGUGUGCACUGGUACACGGAUGAUGUUGUAUUUAGAAGGAGAAUGUGAUCAAGAAAUCAGAAUGUCCCGAUUGCCAUGGGAGGGAACUAAUUCAAGAUGUACUGUCUUUGCUCUUUGCCUAGAGUUACAGUUGCCCUAGUGUUUUAUUGUU